AUGAACACUCUCGCAUCAAUUUUCUCGCAUAAUUCCUCGUCACCUUCUAUUAUUAUUCCAAAUGGUGGUCCAAUACUAUCUUAUCCUGGGUUACAUGGUCAUAUUAAAGUUUUUCAACAUGAAUUAAUGGAAAAUUUUGAUUUGAAACCUCAAGAUGUAAUAUCUAUCGUAUUACCAAAUUCUCUCGAAUUCACUAUUUCAUUUCUUGCUAUUACUUUACUUUGUAAUGUUGCUGCUCCUUUAAAUCCAAAUUAUACUGAGAAUGAAUUCAAGUUUUACUUGGAAGAUUCAAAAAGUAAAUUAGUAAUUUUACCAAAAGGUUGGACUAAACAAAAUAAGGAUGCCGUAAAAGCUGCAAAUUAUUUUAAUAUCGAAAUUUUGGAAAUGAAUUGGGAUGAUUCUAGUAAAAGUAUAAAGACUUAUUUUCAAAAUAAUUCCAAAUUUCGGGAAAAUUAUGAAAAACGUCAAUCAAAUCCGUUUGAUGUUGCUCUCUUAUUACAUACUUCAGGCACUACUGGAAGACCUAAGGGAGUUCCACUUACUCAUAAAAAUAUUACUACAACCAUGAAAAACAUCGGCAAUACGUAUAAGUUGAUGCAUAAUGAUUGUACAUUAUUAGUCAUGCCACUUUUUCACGUUCAUGGAUUAAUCGGUGGAAUGCUCUCCACAUUAUUAUCAGGUGGAACAGUUGUGAUCCCACCAAAAUUUUCUGCAAAUACUUUUUGGAAUGAUUUUUUAGAACACGGAUGUACUUGGUAUACAGCUGUUCCUACUAUACAUCAAAUUCUUUUGCUUCAUCCUCCUCCCAAUGGAGGUACACCGAAGCUUAGAUUUAUUCGUUCAUGUUCAUCAUCACUUGCCCCACAUAUUCUAUUUGAAUUAGAAAAAGCUUUCAAAGCACCAGUACUUGAGGCUUAUGCCAUGACUGAAGCAGCACAUCAAAUGACUUCAAACCCAUUACCACCUCAAAAACAUAAACCAGGAUCAGUGGGUAUUAGUCAAGGAGUUCAAGUCAUCAUAUUAGAUGAUAAUGGAAAACCAGUAGAAGAAGGAGAAGUGUGUGUCAAAGGUGCAAAUAUUACACCAGGAUAUAUUAAUAAUCCUUCAGCAAAUGAAUCAUCAUUUACAAAAGAUGGUUGGUUCCGUACAGGUGAUCAAGGAAAGUUUGAUAAUGAAGGUUACUUAUUUUUAACAGGACGAAUUAAAGAAUUGAUUAACCGUGGAGGAGAAAAAAUAUCUCCAUUGGAAAUUGAUUCUGUCUUGUUAUCACAUCCUAUAAUUUCAGAGGCAGUUUCUUUUGCAGUUCCAGAUGAUAUAUAUGGUGAAGAAGUUCAUGCCGCGGUUGUUUUUAAACAGGGUAAAAAAGUAACCGAAAAAGAUUUACAAAUAUUUUGUGGUGAAAAAAUGUUUUCUCCAAAAACUGCUUAUUAUUCUCUAUGA